GAACGGCAAGCUCCAUUCAAUGCUGAAUUAACUAUCAUUUUUUACCGCAAGCCCUUGUUGUUAUAUAAUAUAUAUAGGGACUAGGGAGAGGCUUUAGACAUCUAAAAGCACCCAUAAGGUUCACAAUUAGCAGCAAGAGUAAGAAGCAUAGUUAAGAGAGAAAGAAAGGGUGAUCAUGGUGGCCGGAGGUGGAGGAGACAAGUACAGAUCCUUCUUGGUCGACGAGGAGGGCCACGAGACUCAAUGGAGACACGGAGGCCCUCCUCAGUACGACCUCGUCAACAAGCUCUUCGAACAAGAGCGGACUAAGGUGUGGGGAGAAGGAUCCCUUGAAGAAGUAGUGCAGAACGCGGUUAAGUCGUGGGAGAUGGAGUUCUCGCAUAAGACCCGUCUGGGUGACUUCAAGACCAUCGAUCCUGAGAAAUUUAAACUUCUCGUUAACGGCAAGAAGGGGAUCUCGGCGGAAGAGACGCUGAAGAUAGGGAGCUACAAUGCUCUGCUCAAGAACAGCAACCUGGGGAAGGAACUCCAGCUCUACAGAGCAGAGGAAGAGAGCUUCGAGUCGUCCCACGAAGCUUUUGCGUCGGCUUUCCCUCGAGGUUUUGCGUGGGAGGUGAUCUCUGUCUUCUCUGGACCUCCUGUGAUCGUCUUCAAGUUCAGGCACUGGGGCCAUUUCGAAGGAACAUUCAAGGGUCACUCUCCCACCGGAGAGGCCGUCGAGUUGUUCGGGUUGGGGGUUCUCAAGGUGGACGAGAAUUUGAAGGUGGAAGAAGUGGAGGUUUACUAUGAUCCAGCUGACUUAAUUGGAGGUCUAUUCAAAGGGGAAAGCUUGUCCUCAGAUGCUCAAACUUCACAAGUUUCGGGACCAUCUCAGGGAUCAUGUCCUUUUUCUAUGUGAUUUUACAAAGUUUGCAUAUGGUUGGUUUGUAACUGUUGGACACAAAAGUGCGGGUUUGAUGAUUGUACUUUCAUUGUUUAGUCAAUUUGGUCACAAACUGUUUUAAGUGGAAUAAUUACAAGUCCUCCAGACUCUACCAAUAUGAAGGAUGCGCAUUAAGUGUGUAGAUUUCACACAAUUUGGCCGAUGGAGUUGUUCACUGUUUAUGUGAUCCUUUAUAUCGAGUUCUUGAAUUUAUGAAUGCAGCUAAAUAGUGAUGGAAAUUUAUGAUCUAAUUCGCAAGUCCUGGUCUGUCCCGACUUGUUUAGGGUGGGUAUUAACCGACCUACAUUAGUGUAAGAUGGGGGCAUGAUGAGUAUUGCUUUCGAACGGUUCCGUCCUAUCCCGUCCCGUCCCGUUGUCAACCCGCUUUUAUCAUGAUUUGCAUCACUAUAUAAAUGUGUUGACAUUUAUAAAUGUGUUGCAUCACUAUAAAUGUGUUGAAAUUUU